AUGGCGUCCGCUACACCUGCUGAUGCAGCUACUCUUCAACCGUUAGCCUCGUCAGUGUCAGAGCCUGCGUCCGAAGUCCUGGAAAAGUCGGUGAGAGUGCAGGAUGAGGAGAUUAUCGACGCUCAACAGACUGUCAUCGACACACGCUCCCUUCCAUCCGAGAAGCAACCCGACGUAAUAAUAGUUGACUGGGAUGGCCCUGAUGAUCCAGAGAACCCCCGCAAUUGGAUAUCGAAGAAGAAGUGGGCUGCAGCCAUGACCGUUUCUGCUUUCGCCUUCAUAUCUCCAGUGUCUUCCUCCAUGGUCGCUCCCGCUGCAGCACAAAUAGCGGAAGAAUUCAACAUCACAAACAGUACGGAGAUUGCGCUCACGAUCUCGGUUUUCGUACUCGGAUACGCUUUCGGACCCCUGUUCCUUGGUCCACUCAGUGAGAUCUACGGUCGCGCACCAAUUUUACGAGGGGCCAACUUAUGGUACACUUUGUGGAAUCUGGUGUGCGGCUUCGCAACGAAUCGGGGCGAGUUGAUUGCUUUCCGAUUUUUGUCUGGGCUGGGUGGCAGCGCGGCUCUGGCCACCGGCGGCGCUGUCCUCAGUGACAUGUGGACGCCAGAGCAACGUGGUGAAGCCAUCGCCAUAUACUCCCUCGCGCCCCUCUUGGGGCCGGCUAUUGGUCCUGUAGCUGGUGGCUGGAUUUCCCAGCUGUCGACUUGGCGAUGGGUGUUCCGAUCGACGAGCAUUGCUGCAUUCGUCAUCCAGCUUUUCGGCAUCGUGUAUCUUCAAGAGACACUUGCCCCCGCUCUCUUGCAGAAGAAGGCAAAGGCAGUUCGGAAGCAAUUGGACGAGGAAGGAGGCAGGUCAUAUUCAGUGACUCAUGUUGACAAGUCGGAUCACAGGUGGGGUGAGAUUAUGCAGAAAGCCCUUGUCCGCCCAUUCGUGCUUUUCGCCCAGGAGCCCAUCAUACAGCUGUUUGGACUCUACCUCGCUUUCGUUUAUGGUACAAUAUACUUGGUCUUCACCACACUCCCGGAUAUCUUCGCAUACGUUUAUCACGAGAAGGUCGGUAUCGCUAGCUUGCACUAUAUUUCUUUGGGAAUAGGGUUGUAUUCCGCGUCACAGAUAAAUGCACGUCUGCUUGACCGCGUCUAUAUCUAUUUUAAGAAUCGCAAUGGUGGCAUUGGAGAGCCGGAGUUCCGCCUGCCCACUGUCUUUCCAGGAACCCUUUUAGUACCCAUCGGGUUGCUCAUCUCAGGGUGGGCAGCGCAGGAGCACGUACACUGGAUCGUUGUCGACAUUGGCCUUGCGAUCAUCGGCGCCGGCAUGAUCUUGACAUUCCAAGGCAUGCAGACAUACGUUAUAGACGCAUUUACAGUCUAUGCGGCGUCAGCUCUGGCGGCAGUGUCGUGCUUCCGCUCACUUGCCGGCUUCGGCUUUCCUCUUUUUGCUCCCGUCAUGUACAACGCAUUAGGGUACGGCAAAGGCAACACCAUCCUUGCCGCCGUCUUCUUCGCCAUCGGGCCUCCCUCCGUAUUCUUAUUCUGGAAAUACGGCGCAAGGAUUCGAGCGAUGAGUCAGCGGGCAAAGAAAAUGCAAAUGCAGCUGCCUACCCAAGUACCUGGUGAAAAGCGCUAG